GGCGGGUAAUAAAGGCACUGCGUAUACAUUUAUUACUCCUGAGCAAGAUCGGUAUGCGAUGGAUAUCGUUAAAGCAUUGAAAUUAAGUGGAGGACAUGUGAGCCCCGAAUUGCAGCAACUUGCUGAUGGUAAAGGUCUCGAGAGGUUGGACGAAGCUCGUGACCUUGUCAAAAAAGCCCAAAGAAAG